UAGGACCGAACUCAGCGAGCAGAGCCCAGACCCAGAGAGAGGAGGAGAGAGGGACGUGAGGUGAGACAGUCGAAGCCCGAAAGGGCAAGAUUUUAAUACAGAAAGAAGAGAGCAGUCGUAUAUAUGUCUGUCUGUUGCUCCUGAGAAGAGCAUGGAGAUAUGACCAGCGAAGAGGUUUACUUCUUGUCGCUCUCGCUCUCGCUCUCAAUAAAACCCUAACACCAAAUUUUCUCUUAAUAUAUUUCCUUUGCUGCUGCUGCUGCUGCUUCUUCCUCCUUGUCGAAUUCCGGCCUCGUUAAUCGGUAUUUUCGUAGCUCAUUUCUUUAGGGUUUUAGGAUCUCUCGUUGUGCUGUCCGCGUUUGGUGGUUUUGAUUUCUAGGGCCAAGUUGGGUUGUCCAGGCUGGCGGAUUUCAAGGUCCAGUGAUGGCGGAUCCGCCUGGUUUCCGCCUCUCGUUGGGAUUGAGUUGUAGUUUCGAAGCGAAGGUGGUUUUAGCGGUAGGUUUGGGGCUUCAGUGGGAGGAUCGUGGAGCAGAAUUGUUGGAGGGGGAAGCAUGCUGAGUGUGCUGCGGGUACACCUUCCAUCCGACAUUCCGAUCGUGGGCUGCGAACUUACGCCCUACGUACUGUUACGGCGACCCGAUGGCUCCAUCACUACCGACGAUGUUCCGGAAUCGGUUCCACUUGAUGGAUUCUACUUGAGGUACAAGUGGUUUCGUAUUCAAAGUGACAGAAAAGUUGCCAUUUGCAGCAUCCAUCCCUCUGAACAAGCGACUUUGCAGUGCCUGGGUUGUGUUAAGGCAAAAAUCCCUGUUGCCAAAAGCUACCACUGCUCCCCUAGGUGCUUUUCAGAUGCAUGGCAGCAUCAUCGUAUUCUGCAUGAUCGUGCAGCUAGUGCUGUAAAUGAAAAUGGAGCAGAAGAGGAAGAGUUAUUUGGGCGGUUUAAUAAUUCAGGAUCUGGAGUUAUCAAUACAAGUUUAUCUGGUUCAACAUCAAGCAUGGGGCAGAGCCAAAACUUGAAUAAUGGCUCUGCGCCUUUAUAUCCUGCAGCGAUUACAGAAAGAAGUGGUGGUGAAACCUGGUUUGAAGUUGGGCGUUCUAAAACAUAUACUCCAACAGCAGAUGAUAUUGGUCAUGUUCUAAAGUUUGAGUGUGCAGCAGUAGAUGCUGAAUCAAAGCUACCUGUUGGACAUGUUAACACUAUCAUGACUUCCCGUGUCAUUCCAGCUCCCUCACCUACUCCCAGACGAUUGAUACCAGUCAGUGGAAUUGACAUGAUGGGGCAUUUAGACUCUGAUGGCCGUAGUGCUUCCUCAGGAACCUUUACUGUUCUUUCAUAUAAUAUUCUCUCAGAUGUAUAUGCCACAAAUGAAUCAUACAGUUAUUGCCCUUCUUGGGCCCUUUCUUGGCCAUAUCGCAGGCAGAAUUUGCUUCGGGAGAUUGUUGGCUGUCGUGCAGACAUUCUUUGUCUUCAAGAGGUUCAGAGUGACCACUUUGAGGAAUUUUUUUCCCCUGAGUUGGAAAAACAUGGCUACCAAGCUCUCUACAAGAAAAAGACAUCAGAGGUGUACAAUGGAUCUCCUUAUGCAAUUGACGGUUGUGCAACAUUUUUCCGUAGGGACAGAUUCUCACAUGUCAAAAAAUAUGAGGUUGAAUUUAAUAAGGCUGCACAGUCUUUGACUGAUGCAGUGGUUCCAAGUGCUCAGAAGAAAACUGCUCUGAAUCGAUUGCUCAAGGAUAAUGUUGCACUAAUAGCUGUUCUGGAGGCAAAAUUUAUUGCUGAUAAGCGACAACUUUUCUGUGUGGCUAAUACACAUGUAAAUGUUCACCCAGAUCUCAAGGAUGUUAAGCUCUGGCAGGUGCAUACUCUUUUGAAAGGAUUGGAAAAAAUAGCUGUGAGUGCAGACAUUCCAAUGUUGGUCUGUGGAGAUUUUAAUUCAGUUCCUGGAAGUGCUCCUCAUUCACUUCUUGCAAUGGGGAAGGUUGAUCCCAUGCAUCCAGAUUUAGCAGUAGAUCCCCUUGGAAUCUUGCGCCCUGCAAGCAAGUUAACUCAUCAGCUACCACUGGUCAGUGCUUACUCAUCCUUUGCAAGAAUGGGUGUUGGUCUUGGUUUAGAGCAGCACCGAAGGAGAAUGGAUCCUACAACAAAUGAACCUUUAUUUACAAAUUGCACAAGAGAUUUCAUUGGCACCCUUGAUUACAUAUUUUACACAGCGGAUUCUCUGACAGUGGAAUCCUUGCUGGAGCUCUUGGAUGAGGAGAGCUUACGGAAAGAAACAGCACUUCCAUCUCCAGAGUGGUCAUCUGAUCAUAUAGCACUCUUGGCUGAAUUCCGCUGUAAGCCUAGGACAAGACGUUGACAUUACAGGCAUCCCUACUAGCCACCAGGACAAAUCUAGUCAAUGAAGAUCAAUUCAAGCAGCUAAGUUAUUUGGAGUAGAUCGUGCUCCCUCAAUUCGCCACCGGGUGCCUUAAUCCUCAUGGGAUCAAAAUCAUGAUCUAUUUGUAUCAUGCAACUUGUUUCAUAGAAAUGUCACAAAUGUGUUGUUCAAAAUUUUUGGGCUCUUUAGCAUAAAUUUCAUUCAUAAAUGGCCGGCAGUCGAUAUAUUUAGUUAUUUCUCCCA